AUGGCUGAUCCGUUAGCGGGUGGUUCAAGUUUCGCUUCUUGCGAACCCAAGAUGGAAUACGAUGAAGAACUAGAUUUUUUAUCACCGAACUUUAAUCCAGAACGCGCCUUAUAUUCGCCAGAUGUAUCGGUACCUUGUCCAGAAAUAAAAUUAUUUGAAAGUGUCAAACAUUAUGAGGACGCCAUAAAAUCUCGAUCGAAACAAACUUCAAAAAACAGAAGUAAGAAGGACAAAGGGACAAGUGUGGAUAAGCCAGAUGCAAAAUUACAAGAAUCUUCUGUUGAUAUUGAUAAAACAGUUAUACAAAAUACAGAUAUCAAAGCUUCACCAAGUGAUUCCUCGCCAAGUUUAGACAAGCCUCUUGCUUCGGCAACAUGUAUAGAGAAACAGAAACGUGUGGAAAGACAAGGAAAGUUGUUGACAUACGCCAGUGCUGCUAGUGGCAGUGGGACAUACGCCAGUGCUGCUAGUGGCAGUGGUCGGGUCGUCGGUCAAGAUGGAAGUUGCAGAAGCGUAGGACAAAGUGAAGAACAGGCACUUGAUUUAGCUGAUACAAGCAGGCUACAGAAAACACCUGCUGUGACUGUUCAGAAGAAAUUUCCGCUACAGGUUCAAAUUCCGAAAUUUGACGUAAAAGAUAGUUCUGAUGCAAGCAGAUCAAGUAGACAAAAAUCAACAAAAGUGCGAAAUGUUUUCACUCGCAUGGAAAACAUGGCUGGACCAUUGCGAGUACUGACUCGUUGUGUGCAAGAGCAUCUGCAGAUUCGAGUGAUGACCAGAGGCGCAGUAACUGUUAAAAGUAUCUGCAGAGGUUAUGUUGUGGCCUUCGACAAGCACUUUAAUAUAGCAUUAAUAGAUGUGGAUGAAAUCUACAGACGUCCUGCAGUUUUAGGUAAAAUUAAAUCC